AUGGCGAGCACUGGCACUCCAUUUGACGUGCAAGAACUGAUGUCAAGGUUUAUGUUUGACCUGGCUGCUAUGCCUUUCUUUGGCGUGGAUCCUGGCCUCCUGUCCUCGGAAAUGCUACAAGACAGGCUGCACAUGGACGCUGCGGUUGCCCUUGACACGUUCAUGGAGGUGGGAUUUUCCCUGCUCAUGACACCAAGUUCUUAUUGGAAGUUGAUGAGGUGGCUAAACAUUGGCCCUGAGAGAAAGCUCAAAGUGGCGCGCACGGUGCUACGGGAGUUCGCCGCGGAGAUGAUGGAGAGGAGGAAGAUGAAUACGUGUUUUGUUGGUAAUGAAGAUGAACAAGAGGAUGGGGAUAUCUUGUCUUGCUUCCUCAAUGACCCAGACUACGCCGAUGAUGACUUGCUCCGUGCGAUGAUCAUUGGCUACAUGUUCGCUGCUAGGGAUACAGUUGGAACAACCCUGACAUGGAUCUUCUACAAACUCGCCCAGAACCCUAACAUUGUUUCGAAUAUCCGAAAAGAACUCUCACCCAUUGCAUCACGCAAAGCAGCGGUUGGUGUGGAUGCCAUGUUGAUCUUUGAGCCAAAAGAGACCAGAUCUCUAGUAUAUUUGAAAGCCGUCCUGUACGAGACUCUCAGGCUAUACCCAGCAGCGCCUCUUGAGUGCAAGACAGUAGUCGCCGAUGAUAUCAUGCCAAGUGGACAUGAGGUUCAUGCCGGCGACACCAUUAUUAUUUCUAUACACUCCAUGGGGAGAAUGGAGGGUGUGUGGGGUGAAGAUUGCCUCCAUUAUAAACCAGAUAGGUGGCUCUCGGUGGGUGGCAAUAACAUGAGGUAUGUACCAUCUCACAAAUUCUUGGCCUUCAACUCAGGCCCAAGGAUGUGCCUCGGCAAGGACAUCGCAAUUAUGCAGAUGAAGACAGUCAUCGCAUCAACGCUAUGGAACUUCGAUGUGGAGGUGAUGGACGGGCAAACAAUCCAGCCCAAGCAAGCUUGUAUACAGCAAAUGAAAAAUGGGCUCAUAGUUAAGCUAAAGAAGCGGGAAAUGUAA